AUGGCCUUUGUGAUUGAUCUUUUUAUUCAUCAAUCACAAGAUUGCCAAUCCUUGUAUCUGGUGCUUGUUGGUAGAACAUUUCCUGAAUUGUGGGGAGCACAGUCCAACAAUAAUGACUGUGGACGGGGUUGCAAGGAUGUGCAAUUCUGUUCCUCUGUGGAACCUGUCAUUAACAAUGUGUAUGAUCACAAGGUCUCGUUAAAAGAUAUACUUGCCAACGUUAGCAAGUGUGGGUGGACAGGUGAGGGACAAGUAGUGGGCAAUCCAGUGACAAGAUGUGCAUUGCUGGCUAUUGUGCAUGAAUUAAAAUUCCCUGGAAUAUUUACAUAAUGUAACAAAAGCAUGUAUAACCAAGUAUGUUCUUGUGCUGGGCUUUUCUUCUCAAAUGUGGUGAAUACAUUUUAUCCUCGGAAAAUACCUCUGACCACUGAACAGAGCCCUAAAUUUGGUACUGUUCCACUGAAAUAGACACUGUUGUUGGUGUGUUUGUUCUGAUAAUUAAUACCCAGUCUUGGUGAAACAGAGAUAGAAACAUUCUAGUAAAUCAAGCCUACUGACUGCAAUGGUAUUAAUGUAGUUAAUAGUGAUUUGACUAGCUAUUUACGUACGUUUACAUUGUAUAGAGCCACUAUGGAAGUUUUGUAUAAUACGAGUACUAUGUUUGUGUAUUGUCGCCGAUAAAGAACUCGAAGAAUCCCUUUUUAAAAAAGUAGGCAUCACUAUAUUUAACGUGCAGAACUUGUACCUAACAUACUUGUGUUUUCAUUGUUCUAAUAUUUGUUGAAACCAUCACGUUUUGAUUUAAUUAGUGAUAUUCUGCGUGUUUCUAAUUUAGAUCUCUUUAAUUAAUGAAGUUCUGGCAGUCAGAUACAGGAUUAUCACAACUGUGGAGAAUUUCAUAUUCACUGAGGUUACUUGGGGUGAGAAGGAAAUAGCAGAAUAUGUAACUUCUAUUUCAGUUUUAUCCCAUAUGACAUUCCCCAAGUACAAAGAAGCUAAUUUGAUGCAAAAUAUUAAUUCCAUGGUCCUUCAUGUUUGAUAAGCACUCGUGAUUCUGCAGUAAAGGUCACAAUUGAUUUCAUCAUAAAAGAUCAAAUCUAUUCUGGAAUGCAAUUUUUUUUUUUUUUUUGUAGCAAAGGGAUAUUUUAAGAACAUGGUACAGCAUACAUAGCACGUCUCCCUGCCCCACGGUGCACAGUGAGAGGCUGAUGACUCACACAGUGUCUGCGAAAUGCCACUAGAUGAUGGGAUGACUAAAAAUAAGCACCUCAGACUUGAAAGGAAAAAACGAUUGGCAAAAUGCCUUACAUGUUCAAAUAUGCUGGCUUUCUGGAGACAUAUCUGCCAUUUGAAAUCUGUUAGACUGGAACACGUGUUUGUCAUAGUAUUAGACACAGCAUGGUUAUUGUUUAGUUGUACAAACACCACACACUUCAACACUACAUCAGAUAUUCGAGAAAGGUUUAUGUUUCACAUACUUUAAAAACUAGUGAUGGAUGAUGAUCUGUAGUACAGAUCAAGUUACGGUAUCUCUCUAGAUCAGGCUUCCCCAAACUCUGGCCCUCCAGAUGUGGCUGAACUACAACUCCCAUGAUUCUCAGCCUAUCUAUUUCGUUCAUAGAAUCAUGAGUUGUAGUUCAGCAACAUCUGGAGGGCCGGAGUUUGGGGAAGCCUGCUCUAGAUUGUUAUAGAUAAAGCAGACUACACUGGUAACAUUUAAACCUGCAGUAGUCUUCAUGAUAGAUGCAUGAUAGUGGAAUUAAAUCAUGUGCUGUUUUGUUAAAUGGACAGUAUAUGCACCAAAAUAACUUUAGCUUAAUUAUUAUUAUUAUUUAAUUAUUUAUAUAGCGCCAGCAAAGUCUGUAGCGCUGUACAAUAGCUUAAUGAAGCAGUUUUCGUGUAUAGAUCAUGCCUCUGACAUUUCACUGCUCAAUUCACUGCCAUUUAGGAGUUAAAUCAAUUUUGUUUCUGUUUAUGCAGCCCUAGCCACACCUCCCCUGGCUGUGACUGACAGCCUGCAUGGAUACAAAGGUUUCAUUUUAAAUCAGAUGUAAAAUACUUUCAAAGUUUUUAUCUCCUGCUCUGUAAAUGGAACUUUAAUCACACACAGGAGGCUCCUGUAGGGUUUAGCAGGCUAUUAACAGAGCAGGAGAUAGGACGUUCUAAAUUAAACAGAAUUUGCAAUAAAGGAAGUUUAAAUAAUAGAUGACUCUUUACAGGAAGUAUGUAAGAGGCACCAUGUAAGGAGGUUUUCCUAGGGCUGCAUAAACAAAGUGAUUUAACUCCUAAAUGGCAGAGAAUUGAGCAGUGAGACUGCUCCACCAAAACUGCUUCAUUAAGCUAAAGUUGUUGUGGUGACUAUAGUGUAUUUUUAAAGUAGGACCCUUCCUCUUAUCAGAUGAUGAAAUCCUUCAUUGCUGUAAUAUAUGGCUUUUUGCCUUUACUUUCAGUAGUGCAUCAUCCCACUAUUUAUCUCUGUUCUGUUUGUCCUUCAAAGUCUCCCCAUAGCUAUUUUAGAUCCAGAGUAUCCUAUUGCAACCCCCAGCUAUUGUAAACUACAUCUUCCUUGAAUUAUUACUAAUGGCAGUGUAUUGAGGUUAUUUUAAUCAAACUAUACUCCGUGUCACAGUUGGUUUGCACUUUCUAUCUAAAUCGUAGUUGUCCUUCAUUGUUCUUGUUGAUACUGAAAUAUUUGGGGGGACAUCACUUUGUGAUUUCACUCACGUCGCAUCGCUGACAUACAUUUCAGUCUGACAUACAUGUCUAGCUCUGCACGACAUAUGGGUUUCACAUCAUUUCUCUGCUUAUAUAAAAUGAAUGUUUCACCAUGGAUGUACAGAACGCACAAUUUGAAAAUAAAAACUUGUUACCACUGGUCACAAUGACAUACAAAAUGCUCUCUAAUUGAACACUACUUGGUACACUCUUCUUUUUCACUCUUUUUGAAGACUUUGUGUGAAAAUCGUUUUUGGUUUUAUACACCCCGUAUGGUAAAUGCAUUUUGAAUAUCUUGUAUUGAAAUCUCAGUACCUUAAAUCAUCUAAUUUAAAGGACCACUAUUGUGUCCUUUAAGCUGCAGUUUAUUCCUUAUGAUGUAAAACUUCUUGCUGUUGUAUUGGGGGUUUAAAUAUUAGUAGCGGUAAAUUUGUUUUCUCCCCCCCCCCCCCCCCCUCCCAAUGUUUCAAGGUUUAUUAAAUUGUUUUUUUUACAUUGUCUACAUGAUCAUGCUUGGCUUAGAUUAUUUUAAGGCUGGGCCCUCUGAAUUGGUCAUUCUAACAUUGUGAGUCUUCCAUCUGCUCAAAGAAGAUCUAAAUAUUGCAUUGGAGGAGCAGUUAGGGCAUUAUCCAGGUGAAAGAUUAUUUCCUUACAAAGACUUUAAAAAAAAAUAAAUUUAAAUUAAGCUCAGCAAGUGGAAGUCAGAUCUGUUUCUAUGCGUUUGAAUUCCUAGUAUCAGUUUUGAUAUAACCCCCCCCCACCCAAACCAAUGACUCGUUGACUCAAAUCAUCCCUAGACCAUAAGAGAGCUCGCACUGCAGAUAGGUAUAAAUGUAUUUCUUACAACCAUUUUUCAUAUUAGUGUCAAUAAGAUUUUGUGUCGCUAAUCGCUGGGACAGGCAGCCUUUGUUACUCCAGAUGUUAUGAACUACAUCUCCCCUGAUGCUUUGCCUGCUUUAUGGCAUUAAGAGCAUCAUGGUUGAUGUAGUCCACAACAUCGGGAGUGCUGAAGGUUACCUACUCCUACACUAAUGGUUUGUUUUGGUUUUUCCCACAAGAUUGUAAGAUAGUUGUUCAUAUGUUUUUAGUGCCAUGUGACUACCAGGUUCUGAGAGGGUAAUUCACAGAUUGGAUUUGGCUCUGCUGUCUUUUCUAUUAUCAAUAUUCUCAAGUUUCUUUUGUAAGCUUGAAUAUCACAUUUUGUUAGUCCAGUUAUAAACGUGCAGAUGUUCUGUGUUGGUUAAUUACACGUGUCAGUCUAUUUAUCUAAAUAUAGUUUCUGCACAUAUACAGCUGCAUAAAACACAUUUCAUCAACAACUGCAAUAUUUGGUUCAAACCUUCCUGAAUAUUUCCAGUUUUUAUGGAAAACUGAUUUUAAAGUGCUCAUUUCUGCUAUAGCAGUUACAGAGUGAAUCACUCCUUGGUACCUGUUGCAGUUUUGUAAGUGAAUCGGAUGAUAUCAUUAACUGCCUGCACGUCAUUGAGACCGUCUAGGGUUAAGCAUGCAGUUCAGAGCAAUCCUUGUAAAUAAUAAUCAUGUGCAGCUCCGUCUGCUCUGAUCUUUACAAAGAAAAUGAUGUUUCCUCCCAAACCCACAUUUUUCUAUAAGCCGCAAUCCCCCCCAUUCUGUAAGACAUGCACAUUGUACCCAGGCAAAGGGCCCCCAGCACUCAGUCUGGGCUGCAAAUUCAGAAAGCUGGGAGCGAGGCCUCAAGAAUUGUUUUAAGUUGGUUACAAUGGCUGGCUGUAACAUGACCCAACAUCAAACGGAUGUCAGAUAGCGGCCAGCAGUGCAGUGACACAUUGCUUAGCACAGCAUAUUAAUAAGUAUGCAUGUUAUGAGUAUUUGUGUGAGAGGGACCCAAGCUGAAUCACUCGUUUUUAAUGAGGUUAUCCAGAUGCUUGGCAAAGAAUGAGUAGGAAGAAAUGUAGUUAGUUUAUGUAGUUAUUAUAGAAAGGAAUUGGCAACUUGCUUAUUCGAUAUUGUGCUUUAGGAUACCGGGGGUGCCGUGUAUUGAUUAAUCAGAGAUUUGUGAUGAGUUAAGAAUCAAAUCUAAUACAGCAUAACUGGAAAAUCUCCCAAUACUGAUUGAUUAGAGGUUUUUACAAACUGCUAAAUGUCAGCUCACUACAAUUCUCUGUUUAAGGAAAGUGUCAACGGAAUAUUGAUAAUUAUGAAAGAGACAUAGUGUUUUAGGGUAAUUUAUAAAGAGCAUUUCUAGGAAAAGGUGAGAAAAGUGGACAGUGGGGAAAUACUUGAGGAAUACUCCUUUCUUUCCACGGUGAAUGUUCGCUCUUAGAUCAGAGAUUUACUCUUUGUAUAUAAUCCCCUAUUAUGUGAAUAUAGUAUCUAUUUAUGUGUCUGGUUACAGUUACAACACAGAUCACAUGAAAUGCCAUCUGGGUAGGUUUGCUCAUAGUGCCGUCUACAAAGCAUUCACAAUAGAAUUAGAAGUUAUAUUAUUUUUAAGAUCCCCAGUCCAGACUGUGGGUCCAUUCAGAAUAAUAAGACUUAUGUUAAGGCGACUUUGUCUUCAGAUAAGAGCACGCUGCAGUUUUUGGUUCUAACAAGCAGAGAUAUAUUAAUGUAAAUACCUUCACCCAUUUAUGUGUUUAUUAGACGUGGAGAUUCAUAUUUACAUAGUAAUCUAGGUCCCUUUAUGCUGUUGACCCAAAAGAAGGUUAAAAAAAUAAAAACAACUGUAGCCAUUUCUAACUAUGCCACAAAAAGGGAAAAAACAUUGACUCUAUAACGCUUAUCAGAUUUAUCCUUGGAUCAACAACCUGUUCACAUACCUAUUCUAUAUCUAUUAUACCCUUGGAUAUUCUUUUUUAGCAACAACAACAAAAAAAGCUUCCAGGCCUUGUUUCUAAAAAUAUAUAUAUAUAUUUCUAGAAUCUGAAAAGACAAACUCGUUAGGUAGAGGAUUCCACAUCUUUAUUGUUCUUACUGUAAAGAAUAAUUUCCUCUGCUGUAGUGGCCUCCUUUAAUUCCAUAUAAAAUGUAUUUACAGCCUAGCAGGUGUCAUCAUUGAUUCUGUGUGAUGUCACGCAGUGCAAUAUGGGGCUUAAAAACUUGAUUUGGCUGAAAUAACAGGUAAACCAUAUUCAAUCUAUAAAAUCCCAUAUAAACAUACAGAUUUUGAUGGAAGCAGUUUGGUGCGUUUGUUUCUCAAUCUAAAUAACAAAAGAGACUGGGUUGUCGGGAUUUUUUUAAUUGUGUUUUUGUAUUUUCUUAAAACACGAUCUUUGUUUUGACAUGUAUUAUUGCAAGAGGUGUAUUUUUUUCAAUUUUAUUUUAAAUAGAUCUUGUUAUAAUAUUUUUGUUCCUCUUUCAGGUGCUGCCAAGUCAAGUCCAAUUGCAAAACCAGGGUCCACAUCAUCUCGCCCAUCAUCUGCAAAAAAAGCAGCACCAACUCCUGCAGUUAAAAGCGACAGAGAUUUGGAAACACAGGUUACACAGCUCAAUGAACAGGUACUUCUACCUUCUUAGGCCCAUAAACUGACGAGAGCACAUACAAGUUACUUACGUACUUAGAGUGCAAGGUUUUUUGUGUGGGCUGUAUCAGACAGAGAGAGUAUGGUAGGGGCAAAUAGCUGCAAUGAGGCACAGGGAACUAAUUGCACUAUAACAGUGAAACACUUGCUCAUACAGACACAGGUAUUCUCACAAAUACUCACACAUACACUUACGUACGAGCACAUUUGCACUUCUACACAGUAAUUAAUUCUCCAUCAUUCUCCUUUGCAGUUUAUCUCACUCUCCACAGGGCGUUUGAGAGCGAGAGAGGGGUGUCAUUCUGUUCUUGGCAUCCAAUAAUGAGGGAGUAGGAGAGCUGAACAUAGCCUUCCCUCCUGUCCCCACUCAACCUGUGGCUGCAUUUUAGACAGAUAUAACAUCACAUCUCCAUGCCUGACUCCUGUCUCAGUGUUAUGAUGCAACAUGUGGACAUAUUGAAAGAUCUGUUACUAUGUUUGGCUAUAAGUUGAUAUUCCAUUAGGAUCAGAAAUUAGUAACAUGAUGUGCUCGGGCAAAAGUAUUCCAAAAUAAUACACAAUUGGGUGGAACUAUGGUAAAUAUAAUAAAUGUAAUAAAUCCGUACAUACCCUUUAAUAUAAAGAUACUAAUAUUCUGUAAAAUACAACAGGGAAAGAAAAAACAAUAGUGCAAGUCAAUUUAGACAAUAUGUAUAGUAAAGGUUAUAUGUAGCACUCACAAUGGCAGAACCAAAAUAAUCACUUGGCUCUGGUGGAUUUCCAAUAAACUCUCCACCACUUUCUGCGCAAGGAAGAAGAAAUGGGUGUUGAACCUCCCGUUAGAUCCUAAGGCACAAUCCACCAGAGCCAAGUGAUUAUUUUGGCUCUGCCAUUGUGAGUGCUACAUAUAACCUUUACUAUCUAUAUUGUCUAAAUUUACUUACAUUGUUGUUUUUUCUUUUGAUAUUCUAUUUAACAGAAUAUUGGUAUCUUUAUAUUAAAGGGUAUCUGCUUAUUUAUUACAUUUACAUUUUUAGCUCCACCUUAUUGUGUAUUGUUUUUUGGUGUAUCUGAAGUUGUGGGUUCCCCAACGGUAUUGUUGAGCAUACACACCACUAAUACUGUAUAUUUUGUAUUUUUUUUACACACCACUAGCACUGUAUAUUUUGUAUUUUGCAUUGAGACAAAAAUAUUGUUUGGUUAAAAAGAAAAAGAAAAAAAAAAAAGGAAUAAUAUGUUUACCACUACUUAACUCUUUGUCUGACGAAUAGUUUUAGCUCCUGGUUGGGCCAAAUAUCUGGUUAACCCUAGAUCUAAUAGUACUUCACUACACUGCUCUACCUGAUUGAGUGUAUUGGAGAUCUUAUACUGGAGGUCCUAUGCAAUUCAGCCUUCUCGUGUCCACUCUGAUUUAAAAAAAAAAAAAAAGGAACGUGGAAUUGGUGAUUGGUGGAGUAAUUAAAAUGCUUUCUAGUCAAUUGCAUUAAUACAAGCUAUUAAUUUGUUUUUAGUUUAAAAAAUGCAUUGUGUAGUGGCACAAUGUAUGGCAUAAUACUGUGAUACACUAAUGGGGUUAUGGAACAUUUGUCCUGCUGUUACCUUGCAGAUGUGGCUAGGUGGCAGAAUGUACACUCUAAAGAAGAAAAGACAGAAUAUAUUUAGAAUCGGCACUAAAUAUUACGCAACAUUUACAUGUAGUAACAGAAUAACCUGUAAUUCCUCAUGUUGAGUAUCUGCUCUGCUCCACCAGUCAAGUGCAGAACAUGAGAACGAUAUUAGGAUUUAUAUGGAAAGACAUGCCUAGCAGCUUGUGUUGAUUGUAACCCUCAGUAGAGAUCUCAAUGUCAUAUUAUUCAGCAAGUCCAGGGUCCCUGAUUAUUUCAUCAACAUGAUAAACUAUAUGUUAACCCCUUAAGGACACAUGACAUGUGUGACAUGUCAUGAUUCCCUUUUAUUCCAGAAGUUUGGUCCUUACAGGGUUAAAGUAAUACCAGCUUGAAUGCUAUCAUGCCACAAUUGUUCUUAUAGUUGCACUGGGUUUGGGAUGUCCUGAAAUAAGAAUAAAACCACAUUCUGGGCCCUCGUUGAGAUUUUUUAUCACUUUGCGUGAUUCCAUGGUCCUCCAGGCAGCUUGCUAAAGAGGCAUUUUUCCUAUCUCCCCUACCCUUUUAAAUAUUUUGAAAGCAAAUUGUACUCAUUAUAAUUAUUUUCUUUUAAAUGUGUUUUUAGGUACAUUCAUUAAAACUUGCCCUUGAAGGAGUUGAAAAAGAAAGGGAUUUCUACUUUGGAAAGCUACGGGAAAUUGAACUUCUCUGUCAGGCACAUGGCCAGGAGGGCGAUGACCUUGUCCAGAGGUUAAUGGAAGUGCUAUAUGCAGCAGAAGAACAGGUUAGUGUCCGGAAAUGAUCUGCAAUGCUUCUUCCAAAAAAAAAAAGAAAUGUAAAAGAUGGUUCCCUUCAUUUUUGUACUAACCCUUUAGUACAGUUGGCUAACAAAAGUAAGGUAUGUUGUAUGAAGAGGGAGUCUCUUUUUGCCUUUGUUUCUAUGUAUCUACUGAUGGCAUUCAUUUUGUUGAUGCUCCAUGUACAGCGAUGUAAUAUGUUAUCACUGUGUAUAUUAACCAGUUAGAAUAAAGGUCUCUGUUACUCCUACUCAGUCAGCUUUAUUCUAAGAACUGUUCUCAUUGGCUAGUUAGGAUUUUUGGAUGCCCUUCUCUUAGUACAGUCAUUACGUUUUGGAAUGUUGGGGAUACUUGAUGAAUGAGGAUUAAUACCCUCUAGACACAGUGCCAGAGCAAUGCCCAGUCCCAAUGGCCCACUGGAAAAUUGUUUUAUCUAUUUAACCAGAAUAGAAUUAUCUCCAGGAGAGUUAAUAGAAUCACUUACUAAUUUGCCAAAUGAUGGAUGUGCUGUCACAAAUAGAAUGGUUCUACAAAAUCUAACAUUAGAUAUAUUAUAAGAAAACUUCUCUUUAAAAGAUUAUUUGGCCAUACACUGCAUGCUCUUCCAGCAUUAUUCAAUAUGUCAUCAGAUUUGAUGAUCUCAGCCAAUCCAAUGUUUUCCAAUAGGAAAGCAUGGGGAGGCUAUUGCACAUUUGUGCAAAACGCUGCGUCUUGCCAAUUAGCAUCUCCUCAUAGUGAUACAUUGAAUCAGUGAGUCUCUAUGGGGAGUGUUCAGCGUCUCCAUGCUGAACACUCCCCAUAGAGGCUCACUGAUUCAAUGCUCUCUAGGGACACCUUUAGUGGCAGUCACUCAGACGGCCACUAGACGUACUUCAUGGGUCGGUGCUGCACACUGUGUCUGAGUGACUGCCACUAAAGGUGUGCCUAGGGAGCACACCUUUAGGUGAAAAGGCAGUGUUUACAUUAAAAAGUCUGCAGGGACAGGCCAUACACACUAGAAUAACUACAUUAAUCUGUUCUGGUAACUAUAGUGUCCCUUUAAGGUCAAAGUAGGCAAACUGGGAGUAUAGUUAGCAUGGAGAUUUUUUCCAUUUUGGUCAUAAACUCUAAAUUUCAGACAAUUCUCACUUUGCCAAAAGCUCUGAGAGUGUUUACUUUAUAAAGAGAAUAACAGCCGACAAUAAUAUGUAGUUGACAACUGGCUUUAAUUAACUCCUUCUAGAGGAUGAUGCAAGAAGGCAACAGUGUACAGAAUCCCAUUUCCCAUUAACAUGCCACUAUUUGAAUUAAUUUGUGAAGUAUGGAAAAUAAAAUUAAAUGUAGAAAUAUUUGUCCUGCAAUUGGAUACCUCCAUCAUGGUUCCUUGUCAGUCAAUCAAUCACUAGAAGUUGUGUCCUUUGCACCUGACAGCCAGCAUGGAAAAAGAGGAGAAGAGAAAUCUAAAUGUGUUCUAAUGUCCUCUGUCACAUAUAUCUCUCAUAAACUAUUUUAAUCACAUGGUUUUCAACCAUUUAGACACUGUCUGUAGUUCAAACGCUACAUCUGGAGAAACACAACAAAAACUGUGAUCUGACAAUCUGAAUUUAGAGCAAACCAAUGUGCAAAUCAUACAAAAUAAGAAUAAAUCAUAAAUCACAAUCUAAAAGGCUUUUGCAGUGUUCAUAGUAAAAAUAAAAUACGCCAAUAUGUAAUUACAGCGGUCUUUCUUUGCUAUAAGUGCAGGUAGAAUGUCAGCACAGUUAUUUGGACCAGUUAUUCUUUUUCAUGGCUAUAAUUGUGUAUUUCACAAAUUGUGUGAUAUUAGCUUCCAAUUCUACACUUCGCUUGUUUUAUACUAUAUUCUCCUAUUACAUCCACAUUUCAUCUCCUUUCUGGCUGCUGUUCAAUAACUCCAUCUGAAAGAGAACCCUGUGUUUUCCUGAAUUGUUAUUGUUGGUGUUUCCCUAAAUGUGAACAUAUCUUCCUAGAAGUGGAAGUUAAAAGUAAACAAUUGGAAGAAGUAUAUACUGGUUGUCAGAAUGUGUUGCGUAGCAUUUAAUUGACUGUUCAUCAGUAAGAAUUAGUGGGGCCCUGCUCUCCUUUCUCCUAUGAUUGACUCUGCAGUAUAGUACCGGGUCCACAUGGAACACAUGACUGCGAGUAUUAAUGAUACCAUGUGUCCUGAGCAUAAGACACCGAAGCAAAGCCAAUUUCCCUUGAGGAAACACUUUUGGAACUAAUUCCCCUUUCCUUCUCUUUCCCUUUUGUUUAUUUUUUUCCUUCACUUUCCUCUAUAAUAUCUCUAUAUUCUAUUGCAGCCUGUGCCUUUUUCAUUACCAUCUUUUCAAAGAUGACGUCAAAAUAAUUGUGUGUGCUGUUCUAUUAACAUUGAUGUAUUUGCCUCAGCUACUCACCCUGUUAAUUACCCUUCAAUUCUACCUACUGUCGCAUAUUUUAAUUUCAAUAAUACAUAUAUGUAAAGAUAUAAAACAUCCUGAAACAUGUUUAGCUAGGGCUGUCUUGCUGGAGACUAUAAGGAGCUUUAAUCCACCCUAGACGAAUGAGCUCCAGGUUAGCUACCCAUGAUUGAGUGCUUUUUUCCCAUUUGACACAUUAUACAUCACAAUGUCAUUUUGCUGUUCUUUAUUUAUUUUAAUGUUGUUUAAUCCUCGAAGUGAAUACUAACAUAGCAAUCUUCUGCUUUAAAUGCAGGAAGGCCACACAGACCAGCAUGAAAGCGAGGAGCAGGACCACGUUCUGGAGGAGCCACAGCAGCAAGAGGAGUACUGACCCCUCAUCCCACCCACCUCAAUGUUACCAUUUCACGUGGAACUUUUUUUCCAGGAGAGCAAUGUGUGGCCAGUCACUCGUGGCCCACUCUUACCAUAUAAUGUACUAUAGUGAGCGCCAGCAAACCACUGCAUUCUUUACCAAUUACUAGCCCCACGGAGUGUUUACAGAAGUUGUAUCUUGGCCCAAACCAAACUGAAAGAGGCGGGGGCUUUCUUGGCAGCAGUUUGUAUCAUUUGACUGUUUCACAUUGUUUUCAAAUGUUUUUUCCCAACUAUUUUUUAUUUAUUUGUAAUUGAGGUAUCUACUUGUUUUCCAACUGCUUGCUUCUAAUUGUAAUAUCGUACAAUAUUUAUAUUUCCUGGUCAUGAGAAGAAAUAGUCACUACCAAGUGUCACGAAUGUACGUUGUAAAACUACACCACUCCCAUUUACCUACCGUAUCAGCUUUGACAAACAGAGAGAAAGUUCUUGAUGCAGAUACGGCUAUUUCUUAUUUUAGGCAGUAUGUUUUAUAAUUGUGCCCUGCUCCCCCCUUACACCUCACCAAUAACCUAUAAAAAAGGCACUCAUUAAAUAAUGAACGAGUCGCAAUAUAAUGUGCAUACAUGUAAUUUCAGCUCUGUGUGUCACUCACUAAGCUAUAGUACAGGAUCAUAGGGAUCUCAAAACACUUUUCACAACCAAGAACAUACUAUCCUUGGACUCUUUAGUGGAAUUGUAUUUGUUUUCUUGAAAUUUUACAGCAUCUGAAUGGUCCAAUCCCUUAUGGAAAGAUAGAGGGGAACUCUGAGUGAGCCAAAUUCUCCAUUCUUCUGUAGCCCUAAAAAAAAACAUUACAACACUCUUCCAAGCUACAGACAGCGUAUAUUUUUCCUUAUUAUUUUAAGAAAGUGCACAUUACCUUAACAUUUUACCAUUGUAUUUUUGUUUUAGAUAGCAUUGAUGGAUUGGUCAGUAGUAAGCUUACCACAAUACAGACUCUACUUAUGUGUUUUAAGAAAAAUGACUGAAUGAUCUUAUUAAGUAAAUCCACUUUCCCAGCUUUGGCAAAAGUCUCAUUCCCUAUGUUUCUUUUGGUAAAAUGUAGCAUUUACACAGGAAAAAAAAGACUAUUUUAAUUCUUUGUUUAUUUUAAGUAAAACGACUGCUACACUAACCAUUGUUAGGACCCCGGCAAAUUAGAUAAGAACAGUGAGGGUUUCAGUCUAAUUAUAGAUAGCUAUCCAAGGUCCACUGUGAGCAGUAGAGAUAAGUUUGUUAAAUAAUUCUUUUCAGCACAAUAUUCUAAGACUGAAGUUGCAGUGCCUCCUGGCCAAAUUUACUAAUCCUACAUAAACUCUGCAACAACAUACAAAUUAGAACACCUUCAAAUUCUGACUGUUUGAGUGUGCUGUGAGUUGAAAUACUAAAUAUUGCCCGCUUUUUAGUUCCCUUUUCCCCAUAUUAUUCACUAGGGGUCUAAUUUUCUGUUAAUGCCAGUGUCUGCUAAGAUGGCAGAAAACCAUCUGAUAACUAUUUUAUUAACAUGUGAGAGCAAUACAGCAAUCUUUAGGAAGUGGUACAGCACCUAACUGAGAAGUAUCCCUAUUUUUGACUGCAAGUACAGAGCCCCAUAAGGUAUACAGAAUAUAACAAAUAUUUAUAGCUAAGAUCAUGACAUGUAAUAAUUCAUGCAAUAAAAUGUACUUGGCAAUCACUUCCAUGUCAAGAUAUUGUGUACUAGAUUCCCUGAUGAUGGUUUACUUUCCAUACACAGGGGACAAAUGUUAGCAUAAUGAACAAUCAGAAAAAGUUGAAAAUAUUUUUGCUGUCCUUCUUUAUAAUAUCUCAGCUUAAAAUAAGGUUUUUGGAUAUUCAGUGCGAAAAAGUAAAAUUGCAUGUGUGUGUAAGAAGGGAUACACCGUAACAUGCAUCACUAGCAAGUGGAAUCUGAAAAUGCAUUACGCAUUAUAUUGAGAUGAUUACGAUUAGAUCUCCUGUUAGUAACUAAAAACACACAAAGAGCAGGACUUUAUUCUGCCAAUAACAGUCUGCAUCAAUGCCCUAAAUCGGUACAAAUGCAGCAUUUUAAGACCACCUUGCUGUACAGAACUUUGAGGGAGUAUGCGCUUAAUGUUACAUUUAAUGUUACCUUUGAUAAUUAAAACUUUAUUAGCAGUACAGCUGGCCAAACAAUGUUGCUUGCAGAACAUGGUGAAGCCUAUUCAGAGUCAAUUUGAGGAUAUGCAGCUACCCAAAGUCAGUUUGUCAGUUUGCUGUGCACCCUGUAAUUGGAAUCAUGUGUGGGAGCUAACAAAUAAAACGAGAAUGUCUUGUUUUCAAUUCAGAUUUUGUUACAUAUUUUUUUUCAUUUUGCUGAAGGUUUUUUUUUGCUUCUACGUUCAUUAUGAAUUCUGUUUAAUCUAACUGGGUAGCACUACGUCAAAAAAGUUAUAUAUGAAAUGUAAACUGACAGGAAUGUAAACAUAUGUAUUGUUAAAUAUAACUAGGAGAGAAAUGAAAUCCUGAUUAGAUGAAAAAAGUCUCAUUCAGAUCUAUUUCACUCAUUUUUCCAUACCCACAAUGUCGCAUGGUAGAGUAGGGAUUUUUGUCUAUGGAUAUGUGAAUAUAUUGCGUUUUAUCUUUUUACAUAUUUAAUAAAAAGGGUAUAUGUAACAACAUGUCAAUUUUCCCACAAUUAACUUCAGAAAUGAUAUAUCUCUUGUCUGUCUGCUACGAAAAAAGAAGGUUCGUUUUAAGCCGUUUUGUGUAUCAAAGCUUAUAGGGAGGUUUUGAAAUUCUACAACUUGAGGAGGCUGAAAAUAUAUAAUUGUGACUAAUCAACUUACAAGAAUAUGAUUA